GUACUGGUGUUUUGACAAAUUCUUAGCGGGAGUUUGCCCGGCGAAGAAUUACGUGAGAGAGAGGAUCGAUCCUUCUCUGGCUGACAAAACUACUAUUAAUCUGAAUUGUUCAACUGAAGAUGAAGCAAGAAGCUUCCCGGGCUGCAACAUAUACUGUGGAAUGUGAGGAUUAUGUGCAUGUGGUGGAGUUCAGCCCAUUUGAGAGUGGAACUGCGGAGUCUCUCAUUGCAUAUGGUGGAAAUAAUUAUGUGGUUAUUGGAACUUGCAGAUUUCAGGAGGAGGAUGUGGAAGUAGAAGGAAUACAGUAUAAAACACAAAGGAUAUUUCAUCAUGGGAUUAGAGUUGAUGCCAUUGCGUGGAGUCCAGAAACUAGACUUAAUGCUUUACCACCUCAGAUACGUUUCUGUACUGCUGCUGCUGAUAGGAAGUUAAGAUUAUUCACAUCAGAUCUGCAAGAAAGUGAUACCUAUAAGGUUUUAGAAGGCCAUUCAGAUUUUGUUAAUGAUUUGGUAUUUUCACCAAAAGGAGGUCAGGAAAUUGCAAGUGUGAGUGAUGAUCACACUUGCAGGUAUUUUGAUCUUAAAGGUCAGAACUCUGCUCACAACCUGAGUUUGAGCCCUGGCAUUAGUUGUUGCUGGUGUUUAAAAAAUACUUUUAAAUUGAUGGUUGCAGAGAAGAAUGGGACUAUACGGUUCUAUGAUCUUAGGACCCAUCAAGCGAUUCUAUCCCUCACAACUGAUCAAACACCUCUGAUGUCUGCAAGCUGGUGUUUAAAAAAUACUUUUAAAGUUGGCGCAGUUGCUGGAAAUGACUGGUUUAUCUGGGACAUUACUCAGUCUAGUUACCCUGCUGAGAAGAGACCUGUCCAUGCAGAUAGAGCCAGAUUAUUCAGGUGGUCCAAAGUCAAUGAAAACUUGUUUGCAACAACUGGUUAUCCAGGAAAAAUGAACAGUCAGCUUCUAGUUCAUCAUUUAGGACAUUCACAGCCCAUUCUUAUUGGUUCUGUGCCUGUAGGAUCUGGCUUAACGUGGCAUAGGACACUUUCAUUAUGUGCCAUGGGAGGAGAUCAUAAAAUCCUUUUUUGGGUAACAGAAAUGUAAACAUCUGUACAUAUCAUGGGAUAUUGGUGUGCUGAGUAGAUUAUAGCAUAUACCGUAUUUUAAAAUUAGAUGUAAAAACAAAAUAAAAGUAAAAAAAUAAAAAGACAAAAACAUGGUGGCAUGUUAAA